CAAAAUUCAGAGAAACUGAGAUGGGAACUCCUCCUCCAGCGGCGAUAGGAACCAGGGGCACGGUCGGAUCUCUGGUGAGGAAGGAAAUUGAAUACUUCACCAUGUUUGAGGUAGAGAGACGAGGAUGUCGUUCUCAGAGACAACCUCGUACACAAGCUGUGGACCAGGUUUCUGCAAGAGGAUUUUCUAGUUGCAGACCCAGUUUCUGGGUGGCUCUAAUGACCUGGAAGAGGAAGAAGCGAAGAUUCUCAAGUGGAUUCCUCCCAAAAAUCUGUUCUGUUCCUGAAGUAGCAGAGACCAAUCAUCUAGACAGAAUCCCAGGUUUUAGCUACAGGAUCCUCAGUAAUGACAUCAACAACUUCGGAGACUGCAAGGAUUGUGUGACAUGAGAUGAUUAUAUAGAUAUCUCUCUUUAGUUUUGAAUGAAACUCACAAGAUAUCUGUGACAGCAAUUUAACAAAGGUGAAUUGGAGUUUGUCCAGUAAUUUUAUUGUGGUUGCAAUCUGAAAUCAGUGCUGGAGAUUGUUGUGGAUAUUGCAGCCAACAAACAAGACUGAGGAUCAUAUAUCAAUUUGGCUUUCAUUACUCUACUCUUGUUCUCUAAUCUUUAUUUUAGAUCGCACAUAUCAAAAGAAUUUUCUCCAAGAUUUGUUAGAGCAUGGCGUUAACCAAAACAAGAGCAGUACAGACACAAAUCAUCAACAAAAGGUUAAUUUAUUAUUUUUUAUAAACAGGACUAGAAUACAACUAAGCACACUGAUCUCUGCAACACUCUUGUUUUUUUUUUUUCCUUUUGUUCAUUUUCUUUAGUGUGAAUAAAGUUCUUGAGUCACCCACGUUAGAUGAUAUUGCUACAAUUGUUGAUGGCCUGCACUUGAACUUCCAGCCCAGUGAUGAUGUUGAUGGCCAACACUUGAACUCCCAACCCUGUGAUGUUGUUGAUGGCCUACACUUGAACUCCCAACCCUGUGAUGUUGUUGAUUGUCUACACGUGAAUUUCCAAACCUUUCAUGUUGUUGAUAGUCUACAUGUGAACUUCCAACCCUAAAUGAUUCAACGUGGCCUGCUAUUUUUACAGAUUCUUCUUUAUUAUAUUGAGGAUCAUCUUCUUCACCAUUUACUGGGAGUGUUAUAUGCUGAAGGGCUGUUACUACAUCACUCAUCAAAGGUCUUGUGUCUGCUUCUUCUUGCAGACACAUGGCUGCCACUGCGAGUGCUUUGAAAAGUCCUUUCACUGGGAAGUUAUCCUUCAGCAAUGGAUCUGCCAUUAGUGUGAACUUCUCUCUGUCUUCAAGCAGUGGCUGUGCCUGCAUCAUCAACAAUGUCUUCACAACCUCAAAUUUUUAUAAUAACUACAUGUGGGUAUUGCAUGAAGUUUGAAAAAUGAGCUGCGCUUUUCAUGACUCAGAGACAGUGCAGUUUCUUGUUAUUUUGUACGGUGAUGCUAGGAGGUUGAUUUUGAUUCAGUGUGUAUCGUUGGUAGGGUGUUGUGUGAAUUGUUUGAUGACAUGUGAGAUAACAGCUUUAGAAUUA